AUGGUCUCAUUAGCACCCAAGAUAUACGACCGCAUCUAUCCAUACGUCGAUGCGGCCAACUUCAAAAACGCCCAUGAGGGCAAAGUGGUCCUAAUAACGGGGGCUGCCCGCGGCAUCGGCCAGAAGACCGCUCUGCACUUUGCCAUGGCGGGCGCCGCGACACUCGUCCUUCUCGAUCUCCAGCUCGCCAACCUCGCGGAGACAGUCGGCCUCUGCAAAGCCCAAGGUGCCAGAGCACUGCCGUACGCGUGCGAUGUGAGCAAGCAGGAACAGGUGGAUACCGUCUUCGACCAUGUUCUCGCUGAAGUUGGGGGGAUCGACAUCCUCAUCAACGUGGCCGGCGUGUGCAAUGCGAAGCCCAUCCUACUAGAGACCUUCUCCACGAUCUGGAGGGACAUUGAGAUCAACCUCGGAGGGGUCAUACUCACGACGAUGAAGGUGCUGCCGGGGAUGAAAGCCCGCGGGCGUGGGUGCAUCAUCAACAUGGCGUCCCGGGCGGGCACCGUCACUGUGCCUUACCUGGCAAGCUAUGGCGCGUCCAAGGCCGCUGUGAUCAAGUUCACCGAGUCCGUCCAGAAGGACCUGGAUACCGAUGGCCUCGGUGAUAAAAUCCAACUAUAUGCCCUGCAUCCCGGUGCAGUCAGGACCGAUCUCUCGGAGCGCACGAUGGAUCCGGCCGUCGCGGCUGCAUAUCCCGAAUUCGCGGCCAACCGUCCCAAGUGGGUGGAGAACUUCAACACGGCCGUCGAUCUCGCCGGUGCCGUGUGCGUGUUCCUCGCGACCGGGCGCGUCGGGAACAGUAUGAGGGGGAGAUACCUGGACUGCGAGCACGACAUGGAGGCCUUUAUGCGCGAGGGCGCUGAGCAGGAGAUCCUGAGCGGCAACCUGCACACCCUCGAGGUCCGGUUCUUGGGCGGCCUGCCGAACGAUGGCGGCAGCUCGUCGAAUCUGUUUAGAUUCGAGGAGUAG